AUGAUGAACCACACUUCUACAGAAGAAGACAACGACGAUACAGAUUAUCUAAAGAAGCAUGAGGAGUGUUUGAUACUGCUACACCAUACAGUUGCACAUCUACACGAUCAACAUCAGCAGGAAACACAGAGGCUGUUGGAACAGUUUCUCGAGAAAUUGAGUGCAGAAGAAGAAGAAGAAGGUGAUCGUCUAACAUUGGAUAAACUGUUGCCAUACGUGGCAAAUGACGAUAUUGAUACAAUUAUUGUAGCGCUAAGUUCACUUUACUAUUCUACGACGCAUCUGAUACAUUCAACAAUUCAGUUGGGCACUACCAUACAUACAUUGUAUGAGUUGCAGACGACGGAUGCAUAG